GCUCCUCCCAGAGCAGCAGCGAGAGCGGCCACUCCCUGUGCGCCGCGGCGGCUCGUAGGGGCUCGGCUCGGCGGACUGCAAGUGGCAGUCCCUCAGCCGCCAGGCCUCGGCCCCCCUGAGCUCCCUCGGCUGAACGGGCCAGCGCCUCCGGUAUCAUGCUGCGCUGGCUGCGGCGCUUCGUGCUGCCCACCGCGGCCUGCCAGGACGCGGAGCCGCCGACGCGCUACGAGACCCUCUUUCAGAAACUGGACCGUAACGGGGACGGCGUGGUGGACAUCAGCGAGCUGCAGGAGGGACUCAAAAGCUUGGGCAUCCCCCUGGGCCAGGACGCCGAGGAGAAAAUUUUCACUACUGGUGAUGUCAACAAAGAUGGGAAGCUGGAUUUUGAAGAAUUUAUGAAGUACCUUAAAGACCAUGAGAAAAAAAUGAAAUUGGCAUUUAAGAGUUUGGACAAAAAUAAUGAUGGAAAAAUUGAGGCUUCUGAAAUUGUCCAGUCUCUCCAGAUACUAGGUCUAACUAUUUCUGAACAACAAGCAGAAUUGAUUCUUCGAAGCAUUGAUGCCGAUGGGACAAUGACAGUCGACUGGAAUGAAUGGCGAGACUACUUCUUAUUUAACCCCGUUACAGACAUUGAGGAAAUCAUCCGUUUCUGGAAACAUUCUACUGGUAUUGACAUAGGAGAUAGUUUAACUAUUCCAGAUGAAUUCACAGAAGAUGAAAAAAAGUCGGGACAGUGGUGGAGGCAGCUUUUGGCAGGAGGUGUUGCCGGGGCCGUCUCUCGGACAAGCACGGCCCCUCUGGAUCGUCUGAAAGUCAUGAUGCAGGUCCAUGGAUCAAAAUCAGCAAAAAUGAACAUAUAUGGUGGCUUUCGACAAAUGGUGAAAGAAGGAGGUAUCCGCUCACUUUGGAGAGGAAAUGGUACAAACGUCAUUAAAAUUGCUCCUGAGACAGCUGUUAAGUUCUGGGCAUAUGAACAGUACAAGAAGUUGCUUACUGAGGAAGGACAAAAAAUAGGAACCUUUGAGAGAUUUGUAUCUGGUUCCAUGGCUGGAGCAACUGCACAGACUUUUAUUUAUCCUAUGGAGGUUCUGAAAACCAGGCUGGCUGUAGGCAGAACUGGACAAUACUCUGGAAUGUUUGAUUGUGCCAAGAAGAUUUUGAAAUUUGAAGGCAUGGGAGCUUUUUACAAAGGUUAUGUUCCCAAUUUAUUAGGCAUCAUACCUUAUGCAGGUAUAGAUCUUGCUGUAUAUGAGCUCCUAAAGUCUCAUUGGCUAGAUAAUUUUGCCAAAGACUCUGUGAACCCUGGAGUCGUGGUGUUGCUGGGCUGUGGUGCCUUAUCCAGCACCUGUGGCCAGCUGGCCAGCUACCCCUUGGCUUUGGUGAGAACACGCAUGCAGGCUCAAGCCAUGAUAGAAGGAAGCCCACAGCUGAACAUGGUUGGGCUCUUUCGACGAAUAAUUUCUAAAGAAGGACUGCCAGGACUUUACAGAGGCAUCACCCCAAACUUUAUGAAGGUGCUCCCUGCUGUAGGCAUCAGUUAUGUGGUUUAUGAAAAUAUGAAACAAACUUUAGGAGUAACUCAGAAAUGACAUGUUGAAUUUUUUGCUUUAGCAUGAUUACUGAAACUUUCAACCGUCUCCAGAGUGACAUUUUCUCCUAGAAUUGAAACAAAUCUAUGACAGAAAGAAGCUUUAUUAUUAUUUUUUUUUUCACAAAAAGGAAGAGCAUAUCAAUGAUAAUUUCAGACAUUUGGACUCAAUUUUAUAUAUUCAGAAAUGUCUAAAAAAAUCAUAGUUUUGAUAAGCUCAUACAAUUUUGAGAAGGCCACAAAAUUAUAGUUUAUCUUUUCUUAUUAGUUCUUUCUACAAUCUCUGCCCAGAAUCCUAAAUCUGAAGAAAUGUACUUUCUUGAACUAAAUUUGCUUUGUGUGCUAGAAUUAUAAAUCUUUAGUCUUUAUUUUGGUUGAUUCAAGUUUAUGCCAGUUCCUUUAUACUUAAAUAUCAUUUUCUUAAAAACAAAAUGAUCAGAAAACUUGGAAACUUAAAUUGUUCAUAUAUUUUGAAUUUCUUAAAAUUUCCUUGUAGGAUCAUUAAUGGAGAAUCAUUGCAUGAAAACAUACCUUACAGCAGCCAAAUAGGUAUAGAGUUUAUAUUCUUUCUUUAAGCAGAAUAAGAAUGAAUGUUAAAUGGCAGAAUUUCAAGGCAUGUGAAUACCCUAGUCCACUCAUAUAAUUUUUGUGUAAGGAGGAGUGAUAAAAUAAUAUUUAUUUCAGUGACCACUUCUCCAUUUUGCUUGUACUAUUGUUUGGUUUUCAGGACGACACACUGCUUAUUAGCAUAUCACUGGAAAAUUGUUGAUGCAAGGCAACUUAUUUGAGAGAUUCUGUUUAUUAUCAUUGUUUUGAAAAGUAUCAGGAAACAAAACCCCUUUACUUAUAUCAGCCUCUAAAGAGCAUCUCUCUUCUCUUUGUCCUUUGUCUCCUACUUGAAUCAAACUCCUGUUUUCACCAGGAAGGCUUCUGGAGGCCAUUCCCAGUUAUCUGAAAUUUCUUAAUUACAUGAAGUAGGUUGAUCAUGGGUGAAUGGCAUUCUUAUUACCCCCUCACCGUUUAUUUGACGCUGCAAUUCCCAACUUGGGCAGUGUGAACCUAGGAGAAUAGUAUUUAUUAAAAAUAGUGUAUAUUAAUUCUGCAUAUUUGGUGCCUAUAAUGAAAUGGAAGGCCCAGUUUACAAACAAGUACAUUCAUAUUUUCUCUUGCCCCCAGUUUUAGGAACAUGUUUUGAUUUAGAAAACUUAAAAUGAAGCGAGAGCAUGAUUUUAUUUUACUGAAGCCAUUUUUAUAAACAACUGUCUUUUCUGAUUUGUAUGAUUAGGACUUAGACAACUAUUUAGUAGUUGAAAUUAUUCUUAUCACUUUUCAGUGUAAUUCUUAAACUCAAGUUUGAUUUCUAGUAAUUUCUGUCAUAAGUUGCCAACAUUUUAGUGAAAAUCUGGUGACAUAAUUAGGCAUUUACUUUAUUUGAACCUACCUCUCAUGUUUUCUAAACCAAAGAGAAAUGUUGAACUUGUGUUUGUGAAAUGUAUCCUAACAUAUAGUUUUCAUUAUAUUUGUUAUGCCUGAUAAAUAUCUCAAUGUUUUUAUAAUACAUAUGAUAAGUGUGAAACUCUGUCUUCAGGGUGUUUGUACUUUUGAGUAAUGCAUAAAUGACAAGGUACUAGAUUAGCUCUUUUUUUCACUCAUAAAAUUAUGGGAUGAGUAAAAUUUCAGGCUACUGAAAACAUUCAUUGUUCAUUAUGAAUUUAAAUUGUUUUCUAUUUAACAUUUGUAAGGUAUGAAUGUGAUUUAUCUGUGUAUCUUGUAUCUUUUGAAAAAAUGUUGAAUUUUUUGAAAAGAGCCCAAAGUCAAGAAUAGUUUAUUUCUGGCAUUACUGCAUAUUUGCUUUACAUUUAUAAUUAAAAAUACAUAUAUGUUUGUUUUUGA